AUGUCCGCGCCUGGUCAGACAGAGAUGACGCAGUCCGGUCCUGACACCGACCUCACGCUGCGGCAUUACUGCAGCGAGCCACCGAGGCUGGGACCCAGCACGCUGACUGCGGACGUGUACAGUAAGAUGGUGCAGAUGUUGCCUAUUGUGUGCGUGGACUGCGUCCUCCAGCGCGCGGACGGAAAGUUCCUGCUUGUGGAGCGGGUGCAAGAGCCCGCGAAGGGAUUCUGGUGGCUGCCGGGCGGACGGCUGCUGAAGAACGAGUCGUUCUUCGAGGGAGCGGUGCGGAAACUCAAGCAGGAGACGGGGAUCGAGUGCACGCCGGCCAAGCUGCUUGCGGUGUACAACGCCAUGUAUCCACGGAGCGCCUGGGACACGGAGGACUACGUCGGGACGCACACGGUCAACGCCGUCGUGCUGAUGCCCGUGAGUCAAGAGGUCGAGCUCAAACUCGACGCCCAAGCAAAGGCGCAUGUGUGGGAGCCGGCGGACUGGAAGUACCUGGAGGAGAAAGGGUACGACACGUACGUAGUGCGGGCGAUCAAGUCGUUGAACGAAGGGUCGUUUUCUGUGUGA